CUCCUCUCCUUCUUUAUUCUCCUAUUUUCCUUUUUUUUCUUUUCCUUUUUUACUUUUACAGGCGGGCAGGGCUGGGCUGCCUCGCUUCCUCCACCCCAUACCAGCUAUUUUUCCAUGUGCCAUCAUCUCUCUCUUUGCCAUGGAAUUCAAGCAAGAAUCCCGCUUUCACCUUUCUUUUCUUCACGGCCGUCGCCACACCCGCCAUUGAUCCCCUCAAUUCCGCUGCGGCUGCUGCUUCUCCUCGUUAUUCCGGCAGAGCCAACAUCCCGAAAAUCCCUCCCAGCUCCCUCGGAAAUCCGUCCAAUUAAGCAGAGCAGCAGCAUAAUUGCCUUCAGACCCAGCCCACAUCCCAGCUGCCAUGUCCUUCUCCUGCGGGCUGGAGUGCGUGCUGGUGCUGGGCUGCGCUCGCUGGGUCUGGAAGCGCUGCACUUACAUUGGUUCCGAUGACAGCGCCACCUGGACCAACGCCACUCCCGACGAAUUCGAGCCCAUCCCUCGCAUCUGCCGCCUCAUCCUCGCUGUCUACGAGACCGAUCUCCACAACCCUCACUACACCCCCGCCGGCGGCUACUGUCUCCAACCGGACUGCGUCGUCAAGCGGGUGACCUACGAGCAGGCACAGGGCUGCUCCACUCCCUACAUAAUCUACCGCGAUGACGAGCACAAGGAGAUCGUUCUGGCCAUGAGAGGCCUCAACUUGGCCAAAGAGAGCGAUUACAAAGUCCUACUCGACAACGGGCUCGGCAGGCAGAUGUUCGACGGCGGCUAUGUCCACCACGGCCUGCUCAAGUCGGCCAUUUGGGUGUUGAAUCAGGAAGGAGACACGUUGAGGAGGAUGUGGGAGGAGACGGGCAAGGAAUACACCAUGGUUUUCGCCGGCCAUUCGCUGGGCUCCGGCGUGGCGGCUUUGUUGACUGUGAUUGUGGUGAAUCAUAGGGAGAGAUUGGGUGGGAUUCCGAGGGACAAAAUCAGGUGUUACGCAAUUGCUCCUGCUCGGUGUAUGUCGCUUAACUUGGCCGUUAAGUAUGCGGAUGUUAUUCACUCCGUUGUCUUGCAGGAUGAUUUCCUUCCGAGGACUGCCACUCCUUUGGAAGAUAUUUUCAAGUCAAUCUUCUGGUUGGUACUUUUCUAUCUUGGGAUUCUUUGCCUUUUUGGCUAUGUUGUGGUUCAAUUCCUCCCUUGCAUUGAUGCUUUCGACAGCUUGCCCUGCCUACUGUUUUUGGUUUGCUUGAGGGAUACAUUCAUCCCGGAAGGUAGAAAGCUCGGAGACCCUAGAAGGCUAUAUGCACCUGGAAGAAUUUAUCACAUUGUGGAGAGGAAAUUUUGCAGGUGUGGGAGGUUUCCCCCAGAGGUGAGAACUGCCAUUCCGGUAGAUGGGAGAUUCGAACAUAUCGUGUUAUCAUGCAAUGCCACUUCAGACCAUGCAAUUGUUUGGAUUGAAAGAGAAGCGGAGAAGGCAAUAAACAGGAUGAAGGAAGCUAUGGGUGAGAACAUGACAACAGCUCCAAAAGCACAGAAGAUGGACAGGAUUCAGACAUUGGAGAAGGAACACAAAGAUGCACUGGAGAGAGCAGUGAGUUUAAAUGUGCCACAUGCUGUGAGCGAUGCCGAGGCAGAAGAAGCAGAUGAAGAAGAAGGGGAAGAAGCAUCGGAUAGAAUAGGCGAAGAGCAGUCCCAGUCCCAGUCCCAGCCCCGAGAGGAAGAGAGCAUGGAAGCGGGUGGGAAGACCAAGUCAGGGAGAACCAACUGGGAUGAAGUUGUAAAGAAAUUGUUCAAGAAGGGUGACUCUGGUGUGACAACUGUAAAUAGGGAUGUAGGAAUUACGGCGCCCAGAUGACACCAUAAGAAACUUUUGCUUUGUUAGCGUCGACUGCCUGGUCUUCACUGAUACUCUUUGUUUGUUCUUUCUUUUCUUCUUUGCUUGGGCUGCGUCUUAUUCUUACGGGAUGGCGAAGUGGGGACGGUGUUCCUCAGCGUCUUGAAGUUUUUUGUGUAACUAAUUAGUUCCGAUUGGUAAGGAAAUGUCAAGAAAUUUCAAGGUGGUUUCACUAAUGUUUAUUGAAAGUGAUCAAAAUUAUUAUCUAAUGUUCAGCAGAAUUUAU